AUGGAAAAUGAAAAAAUAAAUAAUAAUAAUAAUAGUAAUAAUAAUAAAAUUGUAAAGUUUAAAUACGGUUGCGACCAAGUCAUUGAAUUUGGUUCAACAGUUCACGAGUUAUUAAAUCAAAUCGAAAAAGAAAAUAUUACAACAACAUUACCAAUAUGUUUGGAUGAUGGCAGUAUUGGUGGUGGGGGAUUGUUAGUAAAAGAAAGAGAUUACACUUUGCCAAUGGUUUCUUUUGCAGUUUGUAUGAAAAAUGCAUCAAAGUUUUUAGAUGAAACAUUGUUUUCAAUUGUUUUACAAACCUAUAGAGGACCUUUGGAGUUAUCAAUAUUUGAUGAUGCCAGCACUGAUACAUCAAUUGAAGUGGUUUUAAAGUGGUUACCAGUAUUCAAGUAUUUUAAUAUUUGUUUAGUUUUAAGUAGUGGAAAAGGAUCAGAAACACACCAUCACAAUAUGAAAGAGUAUAUCGAAAUUAUUGAAGAGUUUAAAAAGAAGUAUAAUAUUUCCACUAAAGAAGAGGUAACAACUAAAGAUGAAGAAGAAAAGGAAAUAGUAACAUUGUUAUCGGGCGGUGUUGGAUAUGCUAGAAAUCAAGCAAUUAAAUAUAGUCAUGGUGAAUAUUUAUGUAUAUUGGAUGCAGAUGAUGUAAUGUUUAGAGAAAGGGUUGAAUCACAAUAUCAAGAGUGUAAAAAAGAUUUGGAUUGUAUAGUUGGUUCCAACUUUAUUAGAAUUCCAGAGGGUUCAUCAGCACGUUACACUGAUUGGUGUAAUAGGUUAUCAGACGAGCAAUUGUUUUUACAUCAAUAUAGAGAGGUUUCAAUUAUUCAGCCAACUUGGUUUUAUCAUAGAACUUUGUUUUUAAAAAAUGGUGAAUAUAUCGAAGCAUUAAAAUUAAAUGAAAAUAUUAAUGAUAAUAACAAUAACAGUAACAAUAUAAAUAAUAAUAACAAUGAAACUGAUAAUAAAAAGUUUUAUAUUAUGGGCAGUAAUGAUAAUUGUUUACAGUAUAAACACAAGAAUCAAGAUAAACAUAUAGAGAAAUAUAAAGAAUCACAAAAGAAAUUAAUAAAAGAUAUUUCAUCUUCAGGUGCAAAAGCCAUACCAGAGGAUUUAAUAUUUUUUAAUAGACAUUUAGAUAAAGGUGGUAAAUUAAGAAAAGCAAAAAUCGAAUCAAUAGUAAAUAUUUCAAGUAAUCAAGAAAAAGAAAAAACAGAACAGGAUGAUGCUACAGAAAAUGAAGAUGAACAAUGUAAUGGAAAUAAGAAAUUAAAAAUUAUCAAGAAUGAACCAUUAUUAGUUUACAGAUACCACGAAAACAAUUUAAGUUCACAAAUUCACAAACAUAUGUUAAUGAAGGUUAGAAUCGAAUAUUUAGAACGACGUGUACUUUCAAAAUGGAGUUCUUUUACAAUUUGGGGUGCUGGUAAAGAUGGUAAAAAGUUUUUCACAUUACUAUCAGAUUCAAGUAAGAAAAAAGUAACAGCAUUUUGUGAUGUCGAUAAAAAUAAAAUUGGUCAAAAGUACAACGCCGCCUAUACUCCUUACUCAGUACCAAUAAUUCAUUUCUCCCAAGCUAAACCCCCAUUAGUAAUUUGUGUAGCUUUGGAUCGUUCAAACGGAGAAUUUGAAAAUAAUUUAAAUUCAUUAAAUUUAAAAGAAGGAACGGAAUAUUGGCAUUUCAAUUAA